CCGAGACCCCUUAUACACUUAAAAGAGGUGGCACUCUCAGAGCAGCAUUCAUUCAGCACUGUCUGAGUAAGAAGAUUACUUUUGCGCAGCUCGUCCCAAUACUCGUUCUCUCUUUAAACAUGAUAAGGAUGCUAAAGCGUCACCAGAUCGACAUGGGAAUGAUUUUGUUACUCUUGUGGCUCUGCUGUUUCAUUGAAGACCACAAAGUGCAAGCUGGUAACUGCUGGCUACAGCAAGGCAAGAACGGGAGAUGUCAGGUGCUCUACAUGCCAGGCAUGAGUCGAGAGGAAUGUUGCCGAAGUGGGAGGCUCGGCACAUCUUGGACUGAGGAAGAUGUGCCCAACAGCACAUUAUUCAGGUGGAUGAUCUUCAAUGGCGGUGCUCCAAACUGCAUACCUUGUAAAGAGACAUGCGAUAAUGUUGACUGUGGCCCUGGGAAGAGAUGUAAAAUGAACAGGAGGAGUAAGCCACGCUGCGUCUGUGCCCCAGACUGCUCCAAUAUUACCUGGAAGGGGCCAGUGUGCGGCUCAGACGGAAAAACAUACAGAGAUGAAUGUGCCCUUUUAAAAUCCAAAUGCAAAGGGCACCCUGACCUGGAGGUGCAGUAUCAAGGCAAAUGCAAAAAGACAUGCCGCGACGUCCUGUGUCCUGGUAGUUCUACUUGUGUGGUGGACCAGACCAACAAUGCAUACUGCGUGACAUGCAACCGUAUCUGCCCAGAGGUUAUGUCUCCUGAGCAGUACCUUUGUGGCAACGAUGGGAUUGUCUAUGCCAGCGCGUGCCAUUUAAGGAGAGCCACGUGCUUGCUUGGUAGAUCCAUUGGCGUGGCAUACGAAGGGAAAUGCAUCAAGGCCAAGUCAUGUGAUGACAUCCAUUGUAGCGCCGGGAAGAAAUGCCUGUGGGAUGCCAAGAUGGGUCGUGGGCGCUGUGCGGUUUGCGUGGAGUCGUGCCCGGAAAGUCGCUCGGAGGAGGCGGUGUGUGCCAGCGACAACACCACAUAUCCGAGCGAGUGUGCCAUGAAGCAGGCCGCUUGCUCUUUGGGGGUUCUCCUGGAGGUUAAGCAUUCAGGAUCUUGCAACUCCAUUACUGAAGACCAGGAGGAUGAUGACGAUGAAGAAGACCAGGACUACAUGGCUUAUGUCCAUUUAUCACCAGUACUGGAUGGAUAAAGCGCCAUCAUCCGGUGGAACAGACCUAGGGCAAGGAAUCAUGUCCACACUGUACAUAUGUGUAUGCUAAUUUAUUUUUCAGAGGAAAAAAAAGAGGUAUACAUGUAGUUCAGUCUGCUUGAUGUUUAUUUAUACAGUGUUUUGUUUUAUAAUUUAUGCAUUUACGGUGUCUGGCUUACUGUCUGUCAUGUUGAUUUAUUUUUUCCUUUUUUUUUUCUUUUUUUUUAUGACCGAGAAAUAUAUUUGUCCAAAGAGAAGCAGUGUUAUUUAUUGUGAGGUAAUAUGCUACCAUGUUGUAAAGUGUGAGUCAUCUGCAAGCUGUAAAUUGCAUUUCCCUGAGCUGUAUAAAUGCUUAUCAAUGUCAAUUCUGUAUCACAGAUGUUUAUUUCACACAUACUUGCAUGUUAGCUUGUGUUUAUUUAUUGGAAAAAAAAUGGAAACACAUAGGAAAAAUGUCACUCUUUAAUGUACAUGUAUAUUUCUGGUUUUGUUUACAGUUUAUUGUAACUGACCAAAGGGAUUUUAAAGUUUUGUGGUAUUGUGCAGCAGGUUAAAGUAAAAAAUGAGCCAUUUCUCAUAUAGGAAACCCCUGACAAUUUACUUUACUAUGAGCAACAGCAGUAACAGCUCAAGAUUUUUUGCGAAAGAGGUGAAAUUCCCAGUGGGUGAUACUUUGAGAAACAUGUGCCAUUAAGCUUUUUUGUGUUGUUUUUGCCAAUAUUCUGCUCCAUAUUGCUCUUGCAGAGCUAACAAAAGGAAAAGAGAAGAGAACCGAGUAUCAAUAUAUAAA